AUGAAAAAAAAAGGAACAAGAACAGUUUUAAUUAGCGGUGGAAGUACGAGAGUUAUUAUAUGCGAAAUAGAAGGACAUUUUCAAUUGGCUAAUUUUUCUUUUGCCGUUGAUAAAUUUUACACUCUACCAAAACCAAAGGAUGAUACAUGUUAUUUUAAAUAUUUAAAUGCAUUAAAAAAUAUUAUUGAAGAAGAAAAAGUAUCUUAUUAUAUUCCAGUGAAUGCAACAAACGAAGCUUUUUACGACGCAUUAGCUAAAACACAAUUAAAAUUAAAUAAUAAUUGUUUUGUUUUUGUACCAACGGUAAAAGAAGUUUUACUACUGGAUGAUUUUUACCAAGUUUUAAAAACUUGUAGAAAUAUCGGUUUAAAUACUCCAUCUUAUCAUUACAUAACUUCCUUUCAUGAUAUUAAAAAAUUAUACGAUUCUGGAAUAUUCGAAACCGGUUAUUAUUUCAUGAUAAACGUCGGUCGUUCCGGUAUAGGUCAAAGAAUAGAAAUUGAAAUACCAAAAUAUUUAAAAGAUUUUAAUUUUUCACAUGAAAUAAGUACCAGGAUGCCAUGGAUGAUAGUUCAAAAUAUUAAGGGAGAUCGUUACAUUACAUGUACAACAAUUAAAAAUGCUGUAGUCGAAGGUAAUGUUAUAUGUCGAGAAGGAAAAAAUGAUGAUGAUUUAAUACCGAUCGAUAAUAAAGAAAUAAAUGAUUGGAUUCAAACAUUUUUUAAUAAAAUUGAAUUUCGAACAAUAUGCGGACAUUUUACUUUUCGUUUUGUCAUACCACAUUCAACAAAUUCAGUUAUACCAUUAGAUUGCAGAGUCGGAGUUUCAUUGCCUUAUAUUUGUUUUACAAGCGUACAUUCUAGAAUCCUAUGGAAACCUUGUAAACAUUUUUCAAAGAAAAAUUCAAGUCGGCUAUUAGUGGAAAAACCACGUUAUUGGAUAUCCGAUGCAAUAUUAUCAAUAUUAAAUCGUUUAUCAAUGGAAACUUUGAUGAAAUUUUUCAAAACAAUUUUAAAUAAGCAGGAAGCUGUUUUUGUUUAUUGGGAUCCUAUACCUUGUUGCGCUUAUAAUUUUCUACAAAAACCAUUUAAAAAAAUUUUUGAUUUUAUUGAGGUUUUGGGAAAUAUUAACUAA